AUGGCUUCCCUAAAUUCAGAUCUUCCGCCUCCUAAGGCUUUGCAUAGUAACUGGGUGGUGCAGAAAUUCGGUGGUACCAGUGUCGGCAAAUUUGCGCUCAACAUUAUCGAGCAAGUUGUUCUACCUAGUCUCGCCGAAAACCGAGUUGCUGUGGUCUGUUCCGCUAGAAGCAGUUCGACCAAAGCCGAAGGCACUACCAACCGAUUACUACGGGCCGCACGAGACGCCGAGAACUCCCAGUCCCGGCAAUAUGAAUCAUUCGUCGAGGCUGUUCGCUUAGAGCACGUGCAAGUGGCCCAGGAGCAGUUGAAAUCGGUGGAUCUCAAAGAACAAGUGAUAGUAGAUCUGAAUGGAGAAUGUGAGCGGGUCCUCAAGGUUCUCGAGGCGGCACAGACACUGGGCGAGAUCAGUGCUCGCUGCGUGGACAAGGUCAUGAGCACUGGCGAGAAACUUAGCUGUCGGUUGAUGGCCGCGUUUCUGCAGGACCGUGGGGUCGACUCACAGUAUGUGGAUCUGUCCGAUGUGAUUGAUUUCCCCAUUGGCAGCCAUGGUCUGGACCAAGACUUUUAUAACAGCCUAGCCGCGAACCUGGGCAAAAAGAUCGAGGCAUGUGAACAUCGAGUCCCCGUGCUGACCGGGUACUUUGGUACCAUCCCCGGAGGCCUGCUGGAUCAGGUAGGCCGUGGUUACACGGAUUUGUGUGCUGCCCUUGUGGCCGUGGGAACGCACGCCAGGGAGCUCCAGGUCUGGAAGGAAGUGGACGGUAUCUUCACAGCGGACCCUCGCAAAGUACCUACAGCCCGACUCCUCCCAGCCAUUACUCCCGCUGAAGCAGCCGAGUUGACUUUCUAUGGAUCCGAAGUUAUUCACCCCUUCACCAUGGAGCAAGUCAUUCGGGCCAAGAUUCCCAUCCGCAUCAAGAAUGUGAUGAACCCUAAGAAUCGUGGCACCGUUAUCUACCCUGACACCGCCGCGGAGCUGGAUCGACACACUCCGGGCCAUGACCCGCGCUUAUUCCGGACUCGAAGCCACAGUCUGGUGCAGACACCGAAGCGGCCGACUGCGGUGACCAUUAAGCACAAGAUCCUGGUGAUCAAUGUGCACUCGAACAAGCGGUCUCUGUCGCAUGGUUUCUUCGCGGGUAUCUUCUCCGUGUUGGAUAAGUGGCGCCUGUCAAUUGACCUGAUCUCCACCAGCGAGGUCCACGUGUCCAUGGCGCUCCAUUCGGAGAUGCCCCUGUUGAAUGGAAACGGACGGGAUGAUUACCAGGUCAUCGACGAUGAUCUCAAGGGAGCCCUGAAUGAUUUGAGUAAAUAUGGUAUGGUGGACAUCAUUCCCGAGAUGGCCAUUCUCAGCUUGGUCGGCAAACAGAUGAAGAAUAUGAUCGGAGUGGCCGGGCGUAUGUUCACUACGCUGGGCGAGAACAAUGUGAAUAUCGAAAUGAUCUCGCAAGGCGCAAGUGAAAUCAACAUCUCGUGUGUCAUCGAGGAACGCGAUGCCGACCGUGCCCUCAACAUCAUCCACACCAGCAUGUUCACUUUCCUGGAAUAG